UAGUUUUUUCCUCCUCUCAAUCGAUCAAAUUUUCGUUGUGCAUGUAAAUUUUUUUGGUGAAUAAAUCAAAUUCACCUUCAAAACUCUACACGUGAUCUUCAAAUUACUCGAUUUCUGGGUUUUGAUCUUCAAAUUUCUGGGUUUGAUCUUCAAAUUUCUGGGUUUUGAUCUAAAAAUUUCUGGGUUUUUAUCUUAAAAUUUCUGGGUUUCUGGGUUUUGAUCUUAAAAUUUAUGGGUUUUGAUCUUCAAAUUUCUGGGUUUGAUCGAUUUCUGGGUUUUGAUCUUUAACUUUCUGGGUUUUUAUCUCCAAAUUUCAGGGUUUCUUGGUUUUGAACUUACAAUUUCUGGGUUUGGAUCUUCAAAUUUCUGGGUUUGGAUCUUCAAAUUUCUGGGUCGAUUAUGUCUUCAUCGGAAGAAAAUACGCGUCGGGGUAAGAUCCUAAGCAGGUGGGUAAGGAGAUCGGAAAGGGCCAAGAGAUCGAGAAAUUGGAAGGCUGAACCAGAUUCUACAUCAUCUUCUGAAGAAUUUGACGAGUUCAUCCCUAACACAGACGAUGAAGGUCAAGAUCCGCCUGACCCGGAAAUCGAUCCAGACGGCUAUUACAAGUAUUUGAAAGGGAAGUUGCGUGCUUACAACAACCCCGCUCAGGGAUUAAGCUCUUCAAAGAAGGUGGAACCUAAAUCCACCACCUCUACAACAAUCCAACAACAACCAUCACCUGCUUGGCCAAUGAGGCCAAUGAGGCUUCCAUUUUUCUAUUGCACGCCUACCGUCGUUUUAUUUAAGGGUACAAUGCCAACUUCCCCUCCACAAGAUUCUCUAAUGAAUGAUGAAAAUUUAGUUGCGCCAGAGACGCCUAAUCAUAUAAUCUGGUCUGCUGAUCGAUCACGUGAAAGGAACCCCAAAUUUGGAGUGAGUAAUCUUGAUAGCCCCUCACCUUCACCUCCAUCGGAUAAUUAUGAUUCGGAUGAGACUCGGUCUACUUGAUUUGGUAUUAUGAGCGCUUCAAAUCCAGCUAAGUCAGGAUUUCUAACCCACUUUAUAAUUAAUCAUUGUUAUUGGGUAUUAUGUUGCUUUGUGUUGUUUCUUGUUGGUUGGGUUUCCUGUUUGGUUGAUGCUGGUUGGGUUGCGUUGUUGGUUUGGUUGCCUGUUGGGUCAAUGCUGGUUGGGUAUUAUGUUGCCUUGUGUUGUUUGUUGUUGUUUCUUGUUGGUUGGUGUUGCUGGUUGGCCUGUUGGCUUUCUUGUUCGCAUGCCUCCUGUUGUGUUUCUUGUUGGGUUGAUGUUGCUGCUGCUUGUUGUUGGCUUCCAUGUUGUCAGUUGCCUGUUGUCAGUUACCUGUUGUUAGUUGCAUGUUAGUUGUCUGAGUCACAGGGAGGUUAAAUGAUGAAACAAAAUAAAAAUAUUCAAUGGAUGUUUGAGGGAUCAUGGUGCUUGCUACCAAAUUGGUGCACCUAUUUCUAAAUUGUGUGAUCGUCACAUGAGUUAGAUUGGUGUUCCCAAUUUACGUGAGGCAACACUUCUGUUAUGCUCACAUCCAUUAUGUAAUGCUCAAUGAUGGAAUCCUGAGAGCUUUGUCAUUAAACAGAAGUGUCGAUCAUAAAUAGGAAUAACAUGAAAUCAGCAAUGCCUAAUAAGGUGCUCCAUUCCAUUCAUUUACCAUCUAGUUUUUUACAAAAGUAGUUGGAUUUACAUUCAUUUACCAACUGGUUUACCUCUAAUUUCAUCACAAAAACUAAAAGUUUUCUACAUCUUCACAAAAUGU